GACGCCCGUGUGCUCGCGCCGGUCAGUUGUAAUGUUGUAAUACUGUGUAGUGCGAUAUUGUUAGAAAAAUAUAUAAUAGCAUUUCAAGGUAACAUCAGUGUUCAAAUUAUGCAGUAUUAAAUUAUGUCUAAGACGAAUUCCUUUGCAAUGGGUACGAAAACAGAGAAAAGAAUAAAACUAGUCCCCCCUGAUGGAGGAUGGGGUUGGAUGGUGUUGAUAGGAACUGGUAUUUCAAAUAUAUUCAACCAGUCCAUGUUGUCGUUAUUUAGUUUAUUAUACGGAGACGCGCUAGAGUCAAUGGGUUACUCAACCAGUGGUGCGGCGAUAGUUCUAAGUUCUAUGCUGUUUGUGAGCAACUUCGGAGGACCCAUAGCGGGUGCGGUGACGAAAUUAACGAGCCCAAGGUUUGUCGCUGUGUUCGGAGCCUGCUGUUGUACAUGUGGGAUAUUCUUCAGCGGUUUCUCAACAAACAUCUACCAUUUGAUACUGACUUAUGGAUUCUUGCUAGGUCUAGGACUUGGUUUCAUCCAGAAUUCCUCGUUCGUGGCAAUCAAUAGUUACUUCAAGGAAAGGAAAAGUAUAGCAGUGGGAUUGGCCAUGGCGGGGACAGGUAUUGGGCAGACCCUUAUGCCCCAUGUCGUGCGAUAUUUCCUAGAAGAAUACGGGUUUAAGGGGGCGUGUAUACUGUUGGCGUCAUUGAGUUUGCAUGGGAUUGGCGGCACAAUGCUGUUACAACCAGUAGAAUGGCAUAUGAAGAAAGUCGAAGAAGAAGUAGUAGUCGAGGAAAAAGUGCAUUUAUUACAAGACUCUAAUAAUGUAUCGGAGAAAAAUAAGGCGAACGGAAACGCCGAACAAAAUAAAAAUGGAAGACGAGCCACUGAACCCUCUAUUACGGUUGAAAAUGGCGUGGACAAAUCCGCCAAAAGUGUUUCACAAAGUUAUAAAGAACUGCCAAUUGCUGAGGGCUUAGUACCAAACGAAAAAUCAAACGGUCAUGUUGUUGAAAAAACAAUUCCAGAAAAGACUCUACUUCGGAAAAUUUAUGAUUUAUUUGAUAUAUCACUUUUAUCGAGUCCCCGGUUCUUAAACAUUAUUAUUGGAACCUCCCUGACUGUUGUUUCAGUACAGAAUUUCAGUUUACUCUUCCCGUUAUUCUUGCAGAAAGCAGCUUCAAUGAACAAACAACAAACUGCCUAUUGCAUGUCAGCCAUUGCGUCAGUGGAUAUUGUCGGCAGAAUUGUUUUGCCAAUGCUCCAGAGCAGAUUCAAAAUUUCAGCGAGAAUGAUGUUGUGUCUGACAAGCGCGUGGAUCAUAGUAGUCAGACAGGUUAUGGCGAGUCAAACAGACCUGUACGUUCUUCUGGUAUUAUCUGGACUAUACGGCUUCGGGCGAAGUAUGAUUAUUGUGGCGAGGAACAUCGCGAUAUCGGAGCAGUGCAGGCUGGACCAGGUACCUUCGGCUGUAGGUCUUGGCAUGUUGAGCAUGGGCAUAAUAGUUCCACCGGCGGGCUGGUUCCUCGGCUGGAUCAGGGACUACACUGGCAGCUACGUGGUCUGCAUCACGGCUCAGAACCUCCUACUCGUGCUAUUCCUCGUUAUGUGGAUCCCCGACAUGCUAUACUUGCAUCUUCAGUCCAAGAAAAUAAAGCCGAAAGAGACCGCGUAGAGUUUCUGGGGAGUUUGAUAUUUUUCGUAGAGGAACUGUAUCUGUGAUAAUAUCAAAUGCAAAUGAAGAGAUAAUAUGUUAUUGUUACGCUGAAGAUGUGGACAUUGCUCACAAUAUGAAAUAUAAUAGGAAAAUUAAUUGAUGAAGAAAAGUACUGAAAAGAUAAAAUCGAUAUGGAUGAUAGAAAAUAAAAAUUAGGAUAAAAAUAAUUAUCAAGGAUGACGUGGAAAAUACAUACAUUAUUAAAUUAUUAAAUAUUAUUUUCAUUAUUAGAUAAAUACAUAUAGACUAGAUAUUAUAUCUGUUAUGAUUAAUAGGAAAUGAUACAUAAAAUGUUGAAUAUUAAAACAAUGACGAUAAGGAAACGUGGCUGUGAGUUUCGUAUCAAAUAGUUAAUAGACUAUACAAAUGCAUUUACUAUGCAGAGACUGAUGAUAAUGAAGUGGAAAUAAAAGAUGGGAGUGUACUUAGUGAAAUGUGUCAUACCAGUUAAACGUUUAGAAAAUAAGAAAUAAAUGAGUAAAUAAAGAAUU